AUAAUUAUAUUUCAGUGCUUCGAAUGAACCUAACAUUCUUAGUCAUUUUUUAUGAGAACGUCUGUGACUCUCUUCUUCACGAGCCGCAUUUCAAACGACCCAUAAAAUGAAUGGCGUGAAACCCUUUAUCGUUAAAAGGAUGUUAGGUUUAUUUAACGGUAGGGUAAAUGGAGUAUAAUCUGGACUCCAUUGUGAGCCUAGCACAUCUACUACCUAAUAUUCGGAGUUUGCCGUAAAGGGGAAGAUGAAAGUUAUCUGUAUACUGAGUGGGCGCUCAUUUUGCAGUGAUACGGGCCAAGCAACAUCUCCUACCAUCGACAAGUACAUAGACGACGACAGACAAAUUUUACAUAAGAAAGUUUGUUUAUGAUUUUCGACAAGCGUGUUCUUUAUAAGUUGAUCUUCAGUAGGCCUCCGUCAUGCUAUUCCUACUAUUACAUCAACCUGUCUACUCAUCUUUCUUGGUCCAUAUGGCCUGCGAAGGGACUGUUAUCUAUGUACUUUACUUCGAUCGUCCUGUAGAUUGUUCUCCUAUAAAACACGAAGUCUAGACGCUUUGAAAAAAUUGGCAGUUUAUAUGAAAUUAGGCUGCAUACGAAGAAUUAUUUUCCUCUCUGUGUUGACCAGCAUUCGUGGACAAGCCAAGCCUGGACUAUAAAGCUGAUACGAAGGCCGGGGACAGGUAAAAAGGUAGUAAAAAAGCAACAGCUUCAAGAACCCGUUCGUUCGCCUCAAGAAUUCAGAUUUCCCGAAAAGUAAAGGACGUAUGCUAAAAAGAGUAGAAGCCAGUUAGAUCAGUAGAUAGGUGUGCUGUCUCCUCAAGUAAUUUCCCCACAAUGAAUAAUCCAGCUGAGUUGAAGACACCGGGCCUUAUUGAAUCUGAAAGAUAUUGCUAGAAAGGGAAGAGCCCUGCGGGUCAGUCGGGUGGGAAGGCAAUAGUAAUAACGGUGUCUGUGUUGUCCAGACAGCAGUUAUCGUAACCGCAGUAGCAGUCAAUUGGUAGAAUGGAUGAACAUUUGGUCGCGGUACGGUACGCCUUUGAUGCUGGUACUGCAAGAGGUUAUUUCGUGCAAACAGGACGCCUUGAAAGAAAAGUUGCAGGAAGGCGAUAUCUACAGAGGGCCAACCGCAGCGAAACAUUCAUUUCGUCUAGCAUUUAAAGGGGGCUGUUGCCCGUGAACAAGUAUCGGGAAGAAAUGGCCAAGGCCAGACUUAACGGUAUCUUCUGUUUAACGUUGCCAAGCAGAAUGUACAAAUCCACAUAGACAUGUCUCGACCCGCAAAGAUUCUGUUGCGAUGCGGCGAACCUUUCUGACGCCACCCUUUGAAAGAAACACGCGAGUAUGUAUACUUCUCUACAGGAUAAUAAAAGUAAACAAUUGAAAAAGCUACUCCUGCGAAACUUUUGUUGACGAGAGUGUUUUUGAUAGAUUAGAGUAGAAAGCUUUGUACCUAAAUGCAUGAGGUGUAAUAAUCCUAGUAAUAUGUAUUAUUUGGAAUAAUAACACAUGUUAGCUUCCAUUUGCUUCGAAACAAUGUUUUCCCUUUUUUUUUUUUCUAAAGAAAUAGUUUAACUGUUCCUACUCUGACAUUUUCAUUGUGACUGAAACAUUUGUAUUGCUGUUCGUUCCGAAAUUUAGCUUGCGGUAUAUCGCUAUUUUUAACGACAUGAAGAACUGUAUUUCAAAAUCGGACCAAGAUUGCACGAGUUUCGAUUAUGUACGACAAUGAUACAGAUUUGAAAUGAAAAUGUUUGUUUCCAACAUCUCUAUUAAAACGGUUAUCAGUAAGCUACAUUGCUUGCCUCCAGGUAAUACCGGCAUAAAUGGUGCUACUGAUAGGAAGGUAAUAAAAGAUAAGCACAUUAAAUACUACAUGAUUUCCGGGACUCGUUAUGUGCGCAUGUCAGCGGGCAUUAACUGGAAACAACGAAGCCAGAGCAAACCCUAACGCUUCGUAGUGAUCCAUCUCUAAACACCAACCUUCCUUCUUCCCAUAGUUUUUUCUAAACAUUUCUCUUUCUAGCCAUCUGUCGAUCGCGUCCGGUAUGCUACAAGGGCGCAUCAAAUGUUGGUUAAAACUUGUUAAUGGUGAAUAAAACAAAAUUAUGUUAUAUAAAAAAAUAAAGGUCUUCUACGCAGAAAUUUACUAUUUAGGAUGUGGCACGCUUUAGGAGUGCCCUUCCUAAGGAGUAAAUAUCCUCACUAAAGGAUUUCUAACAUCCGUUUCCGUUCCAUCAUCGGCUGCGGCCGACGUAAAAGUUCUCAAAAAAUCCUCGUAUGUUUAAGUUAGCGAACACCUAAAGAUUUUCCCUAAAAGCUUUUUCGUUUGUAGGCAUGAAUGAGAGCGUAUUCGCAGCAGUUCCAGGAACGUUCCUCACGAAUACCAAAUUGCACAGUUACAGAAGCAAACAGAUUGCUUCUGGACAUUUCACUCGAAGCGUGAGGUGUAAAUAACACAACCACUCCUGCCCUCUCUCUAAGCACUAGCAGAAGUUUGAUGAUUAACUGCGAUGCGAUUAGAGCUUUUCUUAGUUCUUCCAUUAGGCACACAGGGAGAAGGUCAUAGCUACAGUGAAAAAGGGUACUCGUUCAGAUCGUUUCGCAUGGCGACGGCAUUAGCGGUAGAAAUUCUCGUGAAGGUUAGCAAGAGCGAACGAAGUGAACGCCUUCGGCGACAGUGAACGCAUGAACUCUUUCAAGAGCGCUUAUCUCCACGGAGGAGCUUGACAUUGCGUGAAAAAUACGAAGGUCGGCACCUAAAACUGCGAUCUGAGAGAACAAGUCGAUGUAGUAUGCACGAAAACACGGAACGGGGCUGAGCUCAGUGCUGCAACGAUGCUGCAAAGCGAUGUCAAGGAUAACAUGGAAAGCUGCCCCGAGAAAACACUGGUCUUUGAUUCCGCAUUGGGCAACUGCAAUGCAGCUAUAAGAGGACCUUUCAGCGGAAGUGAGUCGCUUUCGGUGGUGCGUGGCGCCAUCCUCGACGCCACUCCCGGUUUCAUCCCCAGAGCCAGCCAUCGCUUUUGCAUCGUCGUCACCGCCGCCCUUCGGCGUCAGGCGCGGGGCUCGUGCAAUGGCUACGCCUUCGGCAAAGGACAGCGUCAUGACAUGGGACAUGUCAGAGCCCGUGGGCAACGGUACCGACAACAGUAAUGCCCUGUCGAUGAUUGACUGUCUGCUCAACGCAUACAAUAGCAGUCUUCUUAGGUCUUCUAGCAAGUACUGCAACGCUACGUGGGACGGUUUGUCAUGUUGGCCACUGACGCAGGCAGGACGCUUGGCAGAAGUGCCAUGCUUCGAGUCUCUAAACGGCCUAUAUUACGACACUUCGAAAAACGUGACGCGUAGGUGCUUCCUAAAUGGCACUUGGCACGCGAAAAGCGAUUAUUCCAACUGCGUACCGCUCAUCUCUAUUGAUAAUCAGAAUCAAACAUCAAAUAUAAUGAUAUACUCGAUCGGGUACGGAUGCUCGAUGGUAGCACUUAUUAUAGCCAUUUGGAUAUUCAUCUAUUACAAGGAUUUACGAUGUUUACGAAAUACAAUCCAUCUUAACCUCAUGGUAACCUAUCUGCUAACAGCCAUCGUAUGGUUUACGAUUCAACGACUAAUUCUCGUUCGGGAGUUCGGGGAUUUCACGUGCUACCUCUAUAUACCGCUCACGUAUCUUAUGGGCACGAGCUUCUUUUGGAUGUUUGUCGAAGGACUAUAUCUGUACAUCCUGGUCGUGAAGACGUUUUCCGUAGAGCUGGUGAAGUUAUCGGCAUACAUGUUUAUCGGGUGGGGCACGCCAGCAGCAGUCGUCCUUUGUUGGGCAAUUGUCAAGAAGUCGUACACUACGGACGACACGUUUUCAGAAAAUAGCCCUAACGAGCAGACAUAUUGUGUCUGGCGGGUACCUGAUAUGUACGAUCUCAUCUUCUCAGUGCCCGUUAUUGCCGUGCUAAUUAUCAACAUCUUCUUUUUGGCGCAAAUUAUGUGGGUGCUAAUAACAAAGCUACGGGCUGCUACGACAGCAGAGUCUCAGCAAUACAGGAAAGCCGCUAAAGCCCUGCUUGUUCUGAUUCCGUUGCUCGGGGGAUGCUACAUACUUGUCAUCACGACACCAAACGAAUACAAGUAUCUACAGGCACUCUUCAUACCCACUCAGGGUUUGACGGUAGCAGUGUUGUACUGUUUUAUGAACGGCGAGGUGCGGAACUCAGUGCGCCAUCACAUCGAGCGUUGGAAAACGAUGCGGGCGCUCGGCAGCCAUCACGGAGCGCGGCACUCGGUAUCGAUCUCGUACCGCUUUCACCAUGCCACCAACACCCCAAACCAUCAUAAUAACCAUCAUACUAACAAGGCAACCACUACAACCCCCAAUAAUCACCAAAACCAAGCUAUCAGUCAUCCCGUAUUAAACCAUAUCACCGGUAGCAGCAGCAGCAGCAGCAGCAGCAGCAGCAACUUUUCCAGCCCGAAGGCAGCAAACAUACCCCUUCUACCACCUUCUACUACAAGCACUAACAGGAACAAUAACACGACCAGCAGCCGUAACAACAAUAACAGCAACAGUCUCCACAAUCUAACAGGUACUACCAAUAGCACUCCCACAAGCAUUACAAAUCCCCUCUAUCUAAACCCGAUAAUUUACCGCGACCAUUCUCACUUGCAAAAGCAAAGUGACAGUGGCAACAGUGGCCGCCAUCGACGGACAUCCACAACAACACCUCCAUCGACUGUGAUGGCCGCUACGAUGGUAAGCCUGUUAUUGUCGAACCAUUCGACUAGCAGUGUCAACAGCCCCACGACAAAUGGUUCUGCGGGUGAUCGUUGCCCUCAUGUUGCUGCUGCUGCUGCUGCCGCCAGCUUUUCAACAACUACAAUCAGUAAUCCUGCUAGCGUCAAUAACUCCACAGAUACUAUUACAGACUACCACAUUGGCCAAGACAUGAGUAAGCCCCAGUUGAAGAAGCCGUUCAUUGGGAAUGGGCCCAACACCGUUUUAGUUCCUUCGCCCACAGUAACUGCAAACGGUGUAAUCACCCAUUCUUUGCUGACCACAACACAAUUUGGUAGCAAUAAUAAUAACAACAAUUUCACAACGAGAAACACCUUUAGCACUACGUUCAAUGGUACUGCUCACACUAAAAUCACCCCCACUAGUUCCACCGAAACCUCAACAACAACAUCAUCAUCAUCGCCACUUUUGUUCAAUUCAGGAGCAGCAGCAGCAGCAGCAGCAGAAAUAAUUCCAAACGAACCGUUACCCCUUUGCCGAUCUGCUUCGCUCGCCACUAACUGCAGUAAUAGUAAAAUGCAGAAAUUGCAGCAGCGACCGCCGGCAGUCAAAAAUCACAUUAGUAGUACUGGUAGCCACCAUUAUGUCGUUGUAGCUAUGCUAAAAUCGGUGGACGGCUCUCACGUUACUGAUACGGCAAAUGAUUACCACGUUGGCAAUGCAUCUGUUGCUGCUGUUAGUGUUCAUGGUGAUGAUGAUGGUGAGGUGGCUGUCGGUUGCGAUGAUUUAGAUUAUGCUGAUCAUGAUAGUGAUGAUGAAAAUGAUGAGUUUGGCGUUGAUGGACUUGAGGAUAGCCAGCGCCACCUCGUGGGCUGUGAUGGUCUUGCCGGUAGCAGGUCGGAUGCAAGUGCUGAUAAGAGCGGCCGAAACAGCUGCAGCGGCAAGGCCAGCUGGCCACCAGGGUUAGGAGGUGUGGGGGUUGGCGGCGGCGGUGGUAGUGAUUACGGGAACGAGGGCGGCGUCGGAGCCCCCUGCGCUACGCUGGCAGGUGGUGCUGAGGCCGGAGUGCCGGGCAGUGCGCGUUAUGGCCUGCUUAGCUCUCUUGGCUCGGUCGGUUCCGAUAUCGGCGAGCUGGGCGAUCUGGCCUGUUGUAGAUCGCCUCUCUACGGUUUAUCACCGGUAUCGUUACCUGAACAAACUGGCUUUCUACUCCCGAGUUCCGUUCAUAUUGCUAAUAAGGUUCACGCACCCAUCGGCGUCAGUUUGGCCACCAUCGACGUUCCUGCGGUCGCCUUGGUUACCACUACCACUAACAACAAUAUCAGUCAUAACGAGAACAACCGUCAACUACUUCACAGGACUUCCGAACGAAGACGGUAAUCACCAUCACCUCGCCUAAGCGGUGUGGCCAACGUAGAGGCAACUUAUAAGGCAGAAAAGUUUGCGUCCGCCAUUGCCAGCGUGUGGGUUAGCGCUUCGAUCGACUGGGAGUACGAUCCUGCACUUGUCUCCGCCGGAUGACGCCCGCGAACCAUGCGAAUGUCGCUCACACAGCAAAAGAAGUUCCGCACAGCCGGUCGUCGUCCUGCGUAUCUCAUAUAAAUGCGUGUUCACGAGAGAAACGUCGAAAUGCUCCAAAAAUUACUGGAAGUGUAUUAUUUAGAAGAUGCAAUAAGCUCACAUUUGUCAUUUCGGAUAUUACAACUCAUAUUAAAAGCAGGCAGAAGAGUAACGCUUAUAGAUCACUAACUAUUUAUGCCAAACAAAUAAUUUGAAGUCGUGCUUACGAUUGGAUUCUUCACUUCUGCAAUCUGAAACAUUUCUAUAAUUUUUCGGUGCAAUUAUUCGAUGUCCCCGUAUCUGUUCUCUUGUCGCUAUUUGAUUGCCAGCGCUGGAUAGGGCCGCCGGGAUCCCCGGAUCAAUCUCUCGUCUGAAUACCGGUAACUGAUUGAGAUCUCGUGUGCAUGGAAAGUGCAACGAGCUGUUUGUGCGUAAAGGUUUCAUUCGGGUGACAUGUGCGGCUGUUCUAUAUGUCAAUCGUGUAUCUGUUCGUGACGCCACGUAUUCACUUUACCGCGUACGACCUCACCGAUUUAGUAAAUGUUGUGUGAAGCCGAUCCCGACCCGCCCACGAAGCAAGCACACUGCGUUCGUCCUUGCAUAUUAGAAGGUUCCCAAGCCAGACUGAAUGUCAAGCAGAUGCAUCAAUCACAGGAUGAAAAAGAACUCGAUGACGAUACACGAAGCUAGAGAUGUAUUGCCACCACGUCACACCCUUCCGCAUGCUAUUUACUGCAUAUGUCUGAGAAUGCGCUGAAAGUAAAAGGAGUAACCCUGGAGGCCAUGGAGAGAUAUAUCGCUUGCCUGCAAUGAGCCUGAUGCUAUGUAUGACUGGUUCCAUUUCAGUUAUUUCGCAACUGAUUCGCUCGUUAGUGAAUUAUUGCAUAAAUAACUGUUCGGUUGUCGGCACGCUGAUCCGACCUUCAGCUAUGCAUCAGCAUAUAAAAUGCCUGAACUGAAAAUCAGAGAACUGAAAGUAUGAAAACGAUCAUGGAGGACAUGAAGAUGUGUAGGCAUAAAGGAGUUUAAUUAACGACUACAUGUUCAUUCUUGUCACCCUAUGUAACGGUGAUGCAGAGUACGUCUAUUUGCGCUGGCCCGUAAUCUUGGCAUCGCUUCACUUCAAUUCACUUCACUUACUUAUGCCCCUGUUUGCGUCUUUGUAAAUGCCUGUUAUUCGUGUUUUUGUGCUUUUUUUAUGUCAAAAAGUCACGAAGCUCGAAGCCCCUUCCUCCAGAAUUAUCCGCGCGAUACCCUACGGUUAACCCGUAUCAGUCGUGGUCUCCCCUCGUGCUGUCUGUCCGACAAGCAAGGCCUGCAUAUAACGCAUGCAUCCUAGGGGCCAAAUGAAGUAUAUUCGGCCAACAAUGACCCUUGAGGAGCAAAAGAACAAACUGGCAAGUGAAUUAUCGAUAAAUCUAACAUGUACCAUUUUUUUCUGUGUUGUCUUAUCUCUAUCCCCUAACACAACGUAACGUUUGUGUCACCGCUUGCAUUGCUGCUUCUCAUCCGGAUUACAUCGCGUUACUGGGACGGGAUUUUAUUCCCCGUUAACUUCAACUUCGGCUAAUGUUGAGUUGCGUUACAUAUGUAUAUUGCAAUGCACCACGUUGCUGCCGCUGCAGCGCCUUUACAAAGAUGACCGAAGAGAGUCGCGUCAUACCAGAGCGGGAAGCUGCGUGUCCUUCACUACUUCAGUGACCUGUGCCAACAAUGCAC